CUCACUAUCUCGCGUGCUUCGUUUCGUCUGUCACUCCUUGCCUCGUCUGCCUUGUUGUAGCUUUGCUUCUUACUCAAGCUUUGCUGCUUCACAGAUUGCCUUGAUGGAAGCUCAAGAAGUGAGCAUAUUGCUAUUGGGUGAUGCCGAAGUGGGCAAGACCACCUUCCUUUCCCGCCUAGCUCUAGGACCAAACAACACAACCUCCUCCCUCCCUAUACUACGAGACCUCGAUCAACCCUUCACCUUCGACCUCCGCAGCCGCACCCGGCCCAUCCGCCUAGAAUUCUCCGACACCUCCUCACCCACAACCUACACCCUCCUCCGGCCCUCUCUAAUCCUUCUCUGUUUUUCAAUCCCCUCGCGAGAAUCUCUGACCUCUUUAUCCACGAAAUGGAAACAUAUAGUCGAGACCCACUUCAAUUAUGAUGAAAGUAUUCCAGUGGUUGUGUUGGGGUUGAAGAGGGAUUUGAGAAAUGACGAUGGGGAGGAGGGCAUGGUGUUUCCGCAGGAGGGGGUUAGGGUGGCGGCGGAGAUGAGGUGUGAUAGGUAUUGUGAGUGUAGUGCUGUGACGGGGGAGUUGUGUGCCCAGGUUUGGGAGGAUAUUGUCAAGACUGCUGUGGCGACGACGACGGAGCAGGGUGGCAGGUCGGAGCCGCCACCUUGUAUGAUUAUGUAAUUUGUGAAGUGGAAUCAAUGAUAUUGUCAACA